AUGGUGAAUACUCCUCCUGGUUCUGUUCAUACUGGAAAUACUCCUCCUGCUUCUGUGCAUAAUGAAGAAUCUGAAUCAGAAAAUGAAUUUGAAACUAAGAUAAGUAAACUAGACUUUGGUAAUCCUUUGUAUUUGCAUGCUAGUGACAUCACUAAUACUCCACUUAUUAGUUUGAAAUCAAAAGGUACUGAGAAUUAUAAUGUUUGGAGUUGUGCUAUGUUACUUGCUUUAGAAACUAAGAAUAAAAAAGGAUUUAUUGAUGGUACUUGUGUUAGACCUCUUGAUAAUGAAGUGUUAGCACUACAGUGGGAUAGAUGUAAUGCUGUUGUCUUAUCUUGGAUUCUUAAUUGUGUAACUGAAGAAUUGUUUCUUGGACAAAUUUUUUCUAAAAAUGCGACUGUUGUUUGGAAUGAAUUAAAAGAAACUUAUGAUAAAGUUGAUGGUGUUGUUACAUUUAAUCUUCAUAAUAAAAUCAAUUCCUUGUGUCAAAAUGGUUCACCAUUAUCUGAAUAUUAUCAUAAACUUAAUUCUUUGUGGAAACAGUUUGAUGCCUUGAUUAAAUUACGUACUUGUGUGUGCCAUGCUGCUAAAGAUUUUCAAGAACAUAAUCAGUUAAUAAAACUAAUGUAG